GGAGGUCCUGUACAAAGAAUAACUAUUCCCAAAGAUCGUGAUGGCAAGCCAAGAACAUAUGGAUUUAUCACAUACAAACACAUAGAUUCUGUGGAAUAUGCUUUGCACCUAUUUGAUGGUACAAUGCUGUACAAUCGUACUCUUAAUAUGAAACUAAGGAAUAAUUCAGAGUCACAACAAACAGAACAAUCUUCGAAUCCUGUUCGCAAUAUGAAUCAUAUGUUGGAACUGGGUCAGCAGAUGGUCCUAGGAAAUUAUCCACCACAGACUAGUGGCGGCAGUGCAAUGUUUGGUGUAAAUAUUUCACAAGAUGUCCUAUCAUAUUCAAAGCAAUUAGAUGUAAACUUUGGCAGUGACGAUAGAAGAAGAAAUCACCCUUAUCAGAGAAAUAGAGAUAGAAAACAGGAGAGAGACAGAGAUAGAAAUCAAGAAAAAGAUAGGAAUAGAGACAGAAACAGAGAUGCAGAGAGGGAGAAAGAUAAUGGAAGAAGCAGAGAACGAAAUCAUAAUGAUCAUUACAGAGACGAAAGAGUAUAUUAUAAUCGAGAUAAUAAUUAUCGUUCCAAUGAUUACUUUCGAUAUAAUGAUAAUAGGAAAAGAUGGAGUUAUCAUUGAUAACAAUUAAUUUAUAAUUAAUUGCUGUUAAAAUUAAACUUUCAGUUUUUUAAAUUA